AUGAUCUAUACAACAUAGUAUCGGAAACGGCACUCCUAAACACUACUGUAAGCCUCUGCCUACCCUGCGCCCUAUCCGCACGAACGUAGUCGUUGCAAAUAAAUGCAAUUUAUUUGAAAACAGAAAAAGCGUAUAUUGUAAUAUAAAGCUAAAAAGUUUUCUGAACACCCUCUGAUGAUCUGAAGCAGGCCGAAAACAUUCCUGAUGGAUUUGGCAUGAUAGACGAUCUAUAUUUUGUGAGUUUAUUAUCCGUAUUAUGACUUUUUUUGUGAUAUCAAAACUGACUGAUUUCAGGCGGCAUCUAUCUACGGACUACAGAAACCUUUGCUUAUCUUUUUGUCUCUGCAUUAGUAAUUAUUUUUUCAGUCAUGUAGUUGAAUAUUUUCACUCUUGUGUAAAAAAUAAUGUUCUGUGUUUAUUUUUGUGUCUUGUGAUUGGCUUAUCCAUAGAAUAUCGUAAGCCAUUUUUCCGUAUUUUGCGCACACAGACACACCGACAAGCAUUUUGUAAUUUUGUAACACCCUAGACUCUAGUCAAGGGAAUAGAAAUAAACACUCGGCUGGUCAAGGAUACGUAUACGCCAGGUAUAAAAGUUAGAGGUGAGACUCUUCAAUCAACGCAGUUUUUUUCGUUGCGUGUAAUAUAAGUAUUUGUUGAUGGAAUAUACUCGUGAUAUAUUCUAACACAAAAACUGGUACUUCUACAGAUCGAUCACACACUCACACUCCACACACACCACAGUAGGGGGUGUCAUCGAUCUGUAGAAGAACCCAAAAACUCAGGUUCUUACUUCUAUAGGUAGUGACCUUUGUAUUUUUGUAGAGAAUUGCUUCUUCAUCAGUAUAGAACCAUUUGGCAAGAUUGUUUAUUUUAAUUUCAUCGAAAACAUCUUCAUUUUUAGAUUUGUUUGAAGAAGAUGAGUAUUGACAAGACUGGACCAAGUACGACUAACUGUCAUCCUAAUGAUACAAGCAGUUUUAAUUAUAAUGAAGGAGGUUAGGGUUUCACGUCACAUUCUUUUUUUCGUUCCUAAAUCGAAGAGAUUUAGUAUUAAUGUUCUUAUGAUGCUGUGCCUGUUUCAGAUGUUGAUCUUGAUGGUCAAACACAAGUUCAGCAAGAGCGUAUUGAGCGAGAGAUUAUAGAUAACCAACCGUUGGUUAGUGAAAAACUGAGUACUGACAAACUUCGAAAUGAAUAUGAUGUUGAAGAUUCAGUUUAUCAAUCAAAAAUACGAGAAUUAACGAAAAAAUACAAAUAUAUACGUAAAACACGUGGUGAUGGUAAUUGUUUCUAUAGGGCAUUCGGCUUCGGUUAUCUUGAGCAAAAUUUAAAAAAUGAACUAGAAUUAGACCGGUUUCGUAGAUUAGUUGCUGAUUUAAAAGAUAAAUUAGUUCAACUGGGUUAUCAAGAGUUUACAGUCGAAGACGUUCGUGAUGUUGACGUUGAACCAAUGGCACGUGAAUCAGAUAAUAUUCAUAUAAUUGCUUUAACAAAAGCUGCUCAAGUAUCAUUACGUGUGAUUUAUAUGGAUCGUAGUGAAACAUCACAAUUGACUACACAUGAUUUUUCUCACAAUGACAAUGAACAAGCAUUUCAACCAAUGAUUACAUUUCUCUAUAGACCGGGGCAUUAUGACUUAUUAUAUGAAAAUUAA